GCGCCGCGUCACGUCCGGCAGCGUUAGACCGGUGCGGAGGUGGUGCGGAGCUCUUCAGCCCGGGCUACUCUCAAAGUGUGUCGUCGCGAGAGGCUGCGGCGGGGCCUCUCUAGAGAAGGCAGGAGCUUGACAGCUUCCGUCAAGGCCAGGAGCGGUGACAGCCAUCCGAAGUCAUGAGCGACAGCGGCGAGCAGAACUACGGCGAACGGGAAUCCCGUUCUGCUUCCAGAAGUGGAAGUGCUCAUGGAUCUGGGAAAUCUGCACGGCAUACCCCUGCAAGAUCACGCUCCAAGGAAGAUUCGAGACGCUCUAGAUCAAAGUCAAGGUCCAGAUCUGAAUCUAGGUCUAGAUCCAGAAGAAGUUCUAGAAGGCAUUAUACAAGGUCACGAUCACGAUCCCGCUCCCACAGACGAUCCCGGAGCAGGUCUUACAGCCGAGAUUAUCGAAGACGUCAUAGCCACAGCCAUUCUCCCAUGUCUACUCGAAGGCGUCAUGUUGGAAACCGGGCAAAUCCUGACCCCAAUUGUUGUCUUGGAGUAUUUGGGUUGAGCUUGUACACCACAGAAAGAGACCUAAGAGAAGUGUUCUCUAAAUAUGGCCCCAUUGCCGAUGUGUCUAUUGUGUAUGACCAGCAAUCUAGACGUUCAAGAGGAUUUGCCUUUGUAUAUUUUGAAAAUGUAGAUGAUGCCAAGGAAGCUAAAGAACGUGCCAAUGGAAUGGAGCUUGAUGGACGUCGAAUUAGGGUUGAUUUCUCCAUAACAAAAAGACCCCAUACCCCAACGCCAGGGAUUUACAUGGGGAGACCCACCUAUGGCAGUUCACGCCGCCGCGAUUAUUAUGACAGAGGAUAUGAUCGGGGUUAUGAUGAUCGGGACUAUUACAGCAGAUCAUACAGAGGAGGUGGUGGAGGAGGAGGUGGAUGGAGAGCUGCUCAAGACAGGGAUCAAAUUUACAGAAGGCGGUCACCUUCUCCGUACUACAGUCGUGGAGGAUACAGGUCACGUUCCAGAUCGCGAUCAUACUCACCUCGUCGCUAUUAAAGCAUGAAGUUGAAGACUUUCUGAAACCUGCCAUAGAGCUGGGAUAUUGUUGUGGACAAUAUUUUCUAUUGUCUCCUGUUUAAAAAGUGAACAGUGCCUAGUGAAGUUAGGUGACUUUUACACCUUUUAUGAUGACUACUUUUGGUGGAGUUGAAAUGCUGUUUUCAUUCUGCAUUUGUGUAGUUCGGUGCUUUGUUCAAAGUUAAGUGUUUUCAGAAAAGUAUGUUUUGCAUGUAUUUUUUUACAGUCCAAAUUUUGACUGCUGAGAAGUUUCUAUUGUACAAAACUUCAUUUAAAAGGUUUUUCUACUGAAUCCAGGGUAUUCUGAAGAUCGAAGCCUGUGUGUAAAAUGCUACCAAAUGGCAAAAAGCAACAAUAAACAAGUUUGAUUUUUUUUUCUUUUUCUUUCUAAAUAUCAAUGCUUAACCAGAGCCACCCUUAAGUUACCAGUAAAAUACUUUAAAAUAAAAAUAUUCACUUUCUUUGAGGAGUCCAUGAAACUUGCCAUAUUCAAUAUACUUGCAAUUAAGUGUUAAAUAUGCUGUAACUCUGUGCUGCUAGUAUUAGAACAAAAAUCUUUCCAUACAGCAAAUGCUUAAAGCUUACAUUAAUGUGGAAUUUGUCAGCCUUUAUGUAAUCUGUAUUAUAUAUAGCAGGUAAUAAGAGCUACAGAUACAUGUCUUUAAAAGGCUGUUUGUUAAGGCUGUUACAAAGAGAUAAUGGUAUAUCACCAAGUUGAUGACAAUACAUUCCACCACAAAUGUACUCUUGUUCUUCUAGCUUUUAGACUAUAUGAUAAUACUGGGUGCUUUUCAAAGUAUGAAAUGAGAGAAGGGAUCACCACACCUGUGUCAUGGAUAAACUGAAGACUGCCUGUUCAUUUUUUAAAUAUUAUUUUUAGGUCCUUUGCUUACCAAAGGAGGCCCAAUUCACUCAAAUGUUUUGAGAACUGUUUAAAUAAAGGCAAAGAGAAAAAUUGCUGAUGCAA